GCAUAAUUUUAUUAAUGUUAACACAUAAAUUUACUUGUAUUCUUUGGGAUUUUUUUCCUAUCACUGCUGGUCAGAUGUUGAUGCUUAUGUAAUUUGAUUCAGUAGAAAUUGCAUUAAAUGGUCUAAAUGAUUUUCAGAUCAUGAAGUUACACAUAUAGCCUCAGUAACCUAAAUGAUCUUGAAGUUGCUGCUAAUCUCUGACUAUAACUAGACCACCUUCAUUGAAUAGAUGAAAGAGGAAGAAGGGAAAGGCUGACUUUUAAGUAUAAAACUCUUACUUAAAAUCAAAGUAAUUUAAAAUAAUUCGCAUAAACUAAGUAAGUAGCUAACACAACUUUGGUCCAAACAGAUGUUGAGACGGAGCCAGAGCAGCAGCAAGCUGUUCCUGUGGCACUGCCCCAGCAGGAACAUGCACUCACUGGCAGCCAGGCCAUUGCCUUCCCAAGAGCUGCUCAGGGCACUGUUGACAUUUAAGGAUGGAACUUGCUUCUGCCACGCAGGCAAAGCACAGCUCUUUCAGACUCAGCUGGUUUUACUGCUACAGUGACUGUGCAAGGCACUGUGUGUGCCUCCACCGUGCUGCACGUUUCAAACCCAAUCUGCCAGUCUUGCCUAGGGCUCUGCCUCAGCCGGGAGAGCCCACCAAGCUUCCCAAAGGCCAAAAGCUGUGCUGUGCACCUGUGACAUUCAACACUGCUUGGUCCCGUUACUCUGCAGGGAACUGCAGUGGGGCUUUGGAGACUUGUGCUCUACACUCAAUGGGCAGAACACAAAAACUGUGUUGAGUUUAGGACCCCUUACUUUAAAAAGGAGCAUCCAGAGGUAGUCAACAACGCUCGUGAAGGGUCUUGAAAACAUGCUUAAUGAGGAAGGCUUGAGGGAGCUGGGUUUGUUUAGUUUCGAGAAAAGAAGGCUUAGGGGGGCCCUCAUGGCUCUCUCACAACUACCUGUAAGAAGGGUAUAGUGAGGUGAGGGACUGGUCUCUUCUACCAUGCCUGAAGUGAGAAAACUAAAGGGGCUAUAAGCAGUCCCAGCAGAGAUUUCCAGAUUAGAAAAAAAAUCUUCUUUCCGUUAGAAUGAUCGGGCACUGCAAUAGGCUGCCCAGGGACGUCGGAGUCACCAUGCCUGGAGGUGUUUUAAGAAGCGCCUGGAUCUGGAGGUGGGUGGUGUGGUUUCGGUGUUACAGUGGCAGCAGUGCUGGCGGGACGGCUGGACUGGGCGAUCUCAAAGGUCUGCUCCCACAGCCCGGGCCGCAGCGGCCAGGCCCGGCCCGGUCCCGUUAGCGGCCGCUGCCCAGAGCCCCGCCCCCGCCGCCGCGCGCCCGGGCGCAGGCGCAGAGCCCGCGGCGGGGCGGGGUCGAACGGCAGCGGAGGCGGGGUCGCGAACUCUGACCCCCGGGAGCCGGAGCCGCACGGCAGCCAAAGAGACCCGCCGGACCGGCCGCCGGGCCCGCCAGGAAAUUCUGGUGAUUAAAGAUCAUGGCAACCAUAGAGGAACUGGCCCAUCAAAUUUUUGAACAGCAAAUGGGAGAGGUUACACAUUCCCAGGAAGGUGGUACACAAACACUAAUGGAUGGGACACCACAACGAAUACAGAUUGUCCCUGGAGACUCGGGCCUCUCUUUAUCACAGCGUAUACAGAUUGUCACAGAUCAGCAGACGGGCCAGAAGAUUCAGAUUGUUACAUCACUUGAUCAGAGCUCAGCAGGCAAGCAGUUCAUCUUAACAAAUCAUGAUGGCUCUACCCCAAGCAAGGUGAUCCUUGCCAGACAAGAUUCCACUCCAGGAAAAGUUAUCCUAGCAACUCCAGAUGCUGCAGGUGUCAACCAACUGUUUUUUGCAUCCCCUGAUAUAUCUGCACAACACAUCCAGAUUUUAACGGACAACUCCCCCAGUGAACAGGGCCUAAAUAAAGUGUUUGAUCUGUGUGUUGUGUGUGGAGACAAAGCAUCAGGGCGUCAUUAUGGAGCAGUAACCUGUGAGGGAUGCAAAGGAUUCUUUAAAAGGAGCAUACGGAAGAAUUUAGUUUAUUCCUGCCGAGGAACGAAAGACUGCGUCAUUAACAAACACCACCGGAAUCGCUGCCAGUAUUGUAGGCUGCAGAGAUGCAUCGCCUUCGGGAUGAAACAAGAUUCUGUACAGUGUGAGAGGAAACCUAUUGAAGUGUCAAGAGAAAAAUCUUCGAACUGUGCAGCUUCUACAGAAAAGAUCUACAUUCGGAAAGAUCUUCGUAGUCCAUUAGCUGCAACCCCAACUUUUGUAACAGACAAUGAAACAGCAAGGUCAACGGGUUUGCUGGAAUCAGGAAUGUUUGUUAACAUUCAUCCGUCUGCAAUAAAAAGUGAGCCUACUGUGCUGAUGACUCCAGAUAAGGUGGAAGCAUGUCAAGGAGAUUUAAGUACACUGGCAAAUGUGGUGACUUCAUUAGCAAAUCUCAGUAAAUGCAAAGACACGUCACAAAGCAAUACAGAGCUAUCCAUGAUCGAAAAUUUGAGCAAUGGAGAUGCAUCAUUACCUGAACUCAAGCAAGAAGAACAAACUAGUAGUGAUGUUACAAGGGCAUUUGAUACUCUUGCAAAAGCAUUAAAUCCAGGAGAGAGCCCAGCAUGCCAGAACUCUGAAAGUAUUGACACCAGUGCACAGCUGCUUGGUGGAGAAACAAGCAUGAACAUUGUUGAAAUAGAGGGGCCACUACUCAGUGAUGCUCAUGUAGCAUUUAGGCUCACCAUGCCUUCUCCUAUGCCUGAUUAUCUUAACGUUCACUAUAUCUGUGAGUCUGCCUCCAGGCUGCUUUUCUUAUCCAUGCACUGGGCACGUUCCAUUCCAUCUUUCCAAGCUUUGGGACAGGAUAACAGCAUAUCAUUAGUAAAAGCCUGCUGGAAUGAACUUUUUACGCUUGGUCUAGCACAGUGCUCACAAGUUAUGAAUGUGGCAACGAUCUUAGCUGCUUUUGUUAAUCACCUUCAAGGCAGUUUACAACAAGAUAAGCUGCCAACAGAUAGAGGAAGACUAGUAAUGGAGCAUGUCUUCAAAUUGCAAGAGUUUUGUAACAGCAUGGUUAAACUGUGUCUAGAUGGAUAUGAAUAUGCAUAUUUGAAAGCAAUCGUCCUCUUCAGUCCUGAUCACCCAGGUCUAGAAAAUGUGGUACAGAUUGAGAAAUUUCAAGAAAAAGCUUACAUGGAGUUCCAAGACUAUGUAACAAAGGCGUAUCCGGAUGAUACUUACAGACUAUCUAGACUUCUUCUCCGAUUGCCUGCUCUUAGGCUGAUGAGUGCUGCCAUCACUGAAGAGCUGUUCUUCGCAGGACUAAUUGGCAAUGUUCAGAUUGACAGCAUCAUCCCGUACAUUCUGCGAAUGGAGACAGCAGACUACAACUCUCAGAUCAUAGGUCAUGGUGUGUAAAAGUAGCAGUCCAGGAUUCUGUACCAUGGCAAUCAUGGUGAUGUAAAUGCAUACCCUGUCUCCAAGAGAUGGUCAUAAGCCUUCCAACGCACCUUUCCAAAGAAGGCUCAUAUUCCUCCUUUCCAGUACACUUGGGAAACAUGGUGGAGUGCAUUAGGAUAUAGGAUCACUUCCUGUUCUUUAUCUGUCUUCAAGGACUUGUAAAUUAACUUGUUAUCUGAAGAAGGUCAAGAAUUGUCCAUCCUAUUUUUGUAGGUAGACGGACUUGGAAUAUUUGUUUAUGAAGCUCAGGCUUAUGAGGAAAGUGAAGAAGCUUUGAUUGAACUAAGGUAUCUCAACUUAGCUUGAUGUUUUAGACAAAUAAAUUAACUUUCCUCUCUGA